AUGGGAGAAUUAAUACAACUUGAAAUUGGUAGUAUUGUGGAAGGAUGGAGAAUUGAUGGAAAACUUGGUGAAGGUGCCUUCGGUGCUGUAUAUAUUUGUUCCAAGGAUAAUAAGAAAUAUGCGCUCAAGGUAGAAAGCGUUCAUGAAAAAGUUGGCUUCUUGAAAAUGGAACUAACGGUAUUGAAUAAGCUGAAAGAGCAAGAUCGUCUGCGACAUUUUUGCACCAUUGAGGAUAAAGGCAGACAUAAAGAUUUCUUCUACAUUGUUAUGACUAUGGUUGGAAAAUCGCUACAGGACUUACGAUUAAACGCUGAAAAUAAAAAAUUUUCAUUGGGGACAGCAAUCAGUGUUGGCAUUAAAUGUUUGGAAGCACUGGAGGAUUUGCACAAUGUCGGCUAUUUGCAUCGAGAUGUUAAACCAGGCAAUUUUGCUAUCGGUAGACCCGAAGUCAACGAAUUACGGAACGUAUACGUCCUUGAUUUUGGUAUGGCUCGAUUAUAUAUCCAUGAAGAUGGCACGAUGAGAAAUCCUCGAGCAGUGACUGGAUUUCGUGGUACCAUAAAGUAUGCUCCAUUAUCGGCUCACAUAUUGCGUGAACUAUGUCGGAAAGAUGAUGUAGAAUCAUGGUUGUAUAUGGUUGUCGAACUUACCAAUGGAAAGCUACCUUGGAAGAAUAUGACGGAAAUCAAUGCUAUCGGCGUAUUAAAAAAGCAAUGUCGUAAAGAUAAAGGCUUAAAAAGAUUAUUCGGCGGUUGCCCACGAAAAUAUAUUGAGAUACUUGAAAUAUGCGAUAAGACGAAAUUUUUCGACGCACCUGAUUAUGAAAAAAUUUAUAGUUUGAUGCGUAUUGCUAUUCAGGAAACAAAGAGUCAGGAAUAUCCAUAUGAUUGGGAAAAACCAAUUUCAAGGACGGAAAACGAAGAAGGUGGAGAAGGUCUUUUAAGCCAAUACAAGACUAGUAUUUUGGGUGCCGCGCCAACUGCACAAUCUUCGCCAAAAAAGGAAGCGAUUGAUAAAGCAGAUAAAGAAACAAACGUAGAACCGAAAGCUUCAUAA